AUGGCCUCGAUCCCCGCAGCAGAUCUCCAAUCCUUCACCGAAUACCUCCAAGGCUGUAAGCGGAUACUCGCUCUGCUGGGAGCUGGUCUCUCUGCGUCGUCUGGCCUACCGACAUUUCGAGGUGCCGGCGGUCUCUGGAGAUCACACGACGCUACAUCACUGGCCACACCUGGAGCCUUCAAUGCAAAUCCUGGUCUGGUCUGGCAAUUUUACAGUUAUCGGCGACACAUGGCAUUAUCGGCCCAGCCGAAUCGGGCACAUUAUGCUCUAGCUGAGCUUGCCAGGAAGAACAAUGAUUUUAUCACACUAAGUCAGAACGUAGACGGUCUUUCCCAACGUGCAAACCACCCGCCAGAGCAGCUACACCUGCUGCACGGCUCCUUAUUCGAUGUAAAAUGCACCUCAUUCUACUGCGAUUACUCAAGAAAAGACGACUUUACUGACCCAAUCGUCCCUGCUCUCGCUAUUCCCAAAACAGGCCCGGAGCCAAAGCCCUCCGCCGAUGAUAAAACCGGAGAAGAGGCCACAAAUUCCCUCUAUAGUGCAAUGGAAUCUAGGCUAGCACAGCCCGGGUUUGAACAAGGGGAGUCUGAUAUAUCGGACGCCAGAGUACCUAUACCAGAGUUGACACCUGAUGAUCUACCACACUGCCCCAAGUGUAAUACGGGACUGCUUCGCCCGGGAGUAGUAUGGUUCGGCGAGUCAUUACCAUCGCGAACCUUGAAUGCUGUUGACAGGUGGAUCAUAUCAGGCCCCAUUGAUCUGAUUCUCGUCAUCGGCACAAGUGCCAAAGUCUGGCCUGCUGCAGGAUACGUUGACAAAGCUCGUCAAAUGGGUGCAAGGGUUGCUGUCAUAAACAUGGACUCCAAUGACGUCCCCGGAGGUCCUAAUGGACUGAAGCCAGGAGACUGGUUCUUCCAAGGCGAUGCUGGGACUAUCGUCCCUGAGAUCCUAAAAAGUGUGAUUGGAGAGUUAUAA